GGGAUAGGUAGGUAGGUAGGUAGAGGGGGGAGUGACGAAACGAAAACGAGAAGAUGGCGUCAAAUACGAUGUCACGCGUAGCACACGGAGGAAUGCAAAAGGAUUGUCGAGAUUGUUUGGGUAUCCGAUACCGCAUCAACAGUCUGGAUCAAACGUGGAAGUGGUUACAUCAGACCAUUGCCCUUCACGACUAUCUAAUAUCCAUCACGGCGAGUCAAUCCGACGUCUCGAGACAUACGCUUUAUUAAAAUAGGAGAGAGAGAGAAAUAGAGAUAGACAGAGAGAGAGAGAGAGAGAGAGAAAGAAUUUUUCCUACGAAGAAAACUACGUCACAAGGCUGUUCUCUGAUCUCAGCUUCUUGUCUCGAGGUAACAUAAUAUUAAAAAAAGAAGAAGAAUAAAAAAAAAAGUAAUAAUAAUAAUAAAAAUAAUAAUAAGAAUAAAAAGAAGAAGCAACAUUGACGUUCAUUUAGUCUAAGACUGAUAUUAACGAUAAAAAUAUCGUCGGAUCGGAUUCCUAAUAACGUAGAAAGAAGAAGAGGAAAAUAAGAAAAUAAGAAAGAGAUCGAGUGACCGCCAUUUGCGUUCUACAUUACCGACCGUUGGGAAUUAAGGUAAUAGUAGUUACCACAGAGACCUCUCUCUCUUAAUCUCUAUCGAUAAAUCGAUCGAUAAAGUCACGUGGGGAUACGAAAGUGUAUAAAAGGAGUGUGUGUAAAAAAGAGAGAGAGAGAGAGA